UAGCUAGCUCAACAUCAUGGUGAGCACACACAAGACAAGCUAAGUAGUUAGUGAGCACUGAGCAGUGAGCACGCUCAAGGUAGCUAAGCUAAGCAUGUCGAUGAUCACUAGCAUGCUGGGCCGCAAGCAUAGUCAGAAGCGCACCGCCGGCGGCGGCGGCGGCGGCGGCGGCGAUGGCGACGGAGGCACGGAGGCCGAGCCGGUGAACAUCGACAUCCUGGAGCCGUUCAUGGACGCCAUCUCUCUGACGGCGUUCGCGGCGCCGGCGCUGGGCCUGCCGCCAUUCGCGACGGCGAGCAUGGACUGGAAGGAGACGCCGACGGCGCACGUGUUCAUGGCGGACCUCCCCGGGGUGCGCCGCGACGAGGUGAAUGUGGAGGUGGAGGAGGAGAAGGUGCUCAAGAUCAGCGGGAAGCGGCAGCGCGCCGCCGAGGUCAAGGGCGACCGCUGGCACCGCGUGGAGCGGGGCGCCGAGCGGUUCGUGCGCACCGUGCGGCUGCCGGCCAACGCCAACACCGACAGCGUGCAGGCGUCGCUCGAGAGCGGCGUGCUCACCGUCACCGUGGCCAAGGACAACAACCGCAAGGCGCAAGGGAGGUCCAUCCCCAUCACCAACUAAUACCAUUAAUCGCUAAUAUAUGUACACCAUAUAUCGAAUCACCAUUACUAGUAUGUACUUCUAGGUGUAUGUACUCCCACCUCUUAUAUACCAUUUUUAUACGUGUGUUAUACUUCUUUAUCACUUUAAAUAUAUUUCAUUAGUAAUUAUAAGAUACUACAAUAGAAAUCCCACAAAAAUUUUUAUGAAAUUCCAUGAUUUUUAUCAUAAUUUGCGUAUAUACUUCUUUUAUGUAUAAAAAAGAGUAUAUAGUAAAAAUGAAAGGUUAACAUUGAAUUUUUUUUCAUACAACUCAUAUUGGAGUAUCUUAGAAUUAGUAUUAGAGUAUACUAAAAAUGAUAAAAGAGUAUAAAGUAUUUGUUUAGACGGUAUAUUGCAUGUGGGAGUACAUACUUCUAGGAGUAUAGAAUAGGUGUCCUAUAUAUAUAUAUAUAUAUAUAUAUAUAGUGUGUGUGUGUGUGUGUGAGAGAGAGAGAGAGAGAGAGAGUGAGAGAGUGAGAGAGUGUUGGAGUAUGCUAUAGAUGUUUGUGGUUAACUAAGAAGUAAAGCAUCUAGAUUUUUAUGUGUA